AUGGUUAUGUCUAAGAAAUUAGUGAAGGCUAUUGUUAUAUAUGUGGCUCUUGUUAUGGUGUUCUUCACACUUGCCACACUCAAGACCAGUGCACAAGAAGUGGUGAUAAGCUAUGAUGCUCUCGCUCAAGAUCAUGCACAAGAAGUGGUGAUAAGCUAUGAUGCUCUCGCUCAAGAUCAUGCAUGGGGUUGUAGUCCUAAGUAUCCUAAUCUACCUUGUCAGAAAGAAAGGGUCAAUCCUUAA